CGCCCCCCCGCGGCCUUCCAAGAAUGGAUCCGUGUCAGCCCUGGGAUGAACUAGGCCCGCAGCUGCUGCCCAGUGCGGCGCCACCGGUAGUAGCGCUGGGAGAGGCUGCAGCGUGGGUGGGUUCAAGAAUGAUAAUAAAUGAAGAGGGAGGGAGUGUUUGUGAGGAAACAACACAGAAAAAGAAAAAGAAAAAAGUGAAGAGCACUGGGAGUCAAACGGUCAUCAAAAUUGAAGACGACCUUCAAUCUGACACGCAAGCAGAAACUAAGGUGAAGAAAAAGAAAUGCGGAGCAGAAGAGGAUUCAGAUCAGUUAAAUCUUAGUAAAAAGAAGAAGAAAGUUGGCUCCAAAUUAAAGAAAAGAGCAUGUGCUGACUGCCCUGUGACAAUAGAAAGCAGUUCAGAGGCUGAGCCGGUAAAAGAAAUAAAGGAGGAAUCUAAAGUUUUCAAAAAGAAGUCAAAGAAAGGCCCAGGUCUUUCCUUGUUACCAUUGGAAAAUAAUCAAGACAGUGAUCAAUACCUUCCAAAGAAAUACACAAUUCGUUCUCAGGAAAAUACAGUCAUUGGUAAAAAACACAGAGAGAGCAUCUCCCAGGACUGUGAGGGUGACAAUGAAGUAACCAAGAAAAAGAAGAAAAAGAAAGAGAGAGACAUUUCUUCCUUACCUGUGAUAGAAAUUCCAGACAGUGAUCAUGAAAUUUCUAAUAAAAACCAUAAAAAAAUAAAUAAAACCACUUUACAGGAAAAAGCACUUGCUGGUAAAAAACACAGAAAGGAUAUUGUCCAGAACACUUCAGGAGAGAGUGAUGUAAUGAAGAAGAAGAAUAAGAAAAAGAAAGACAAACAUGACUCCUUAACACUGGCAGGUAAUCAGGACAAAAAUCACAGUGUUUCUGAGGAGAACCUUUCAACACGAGACUUCAGAAAAAAUCAAGAAACCAAUUCCCAGGAAAACACAUUCAUAAGAAAAAAACAAAAAGAGAACAGUGUCCAGAACUCUGAAAGCGACAGAGAAGUAACCAAGAGGAAGAAAAAAAGCAAAGAUUUUUCUUCCUUAACAUGUGAGGAUAAUCAGGACCAAAGUCAUGGAAAUUCUAAUAAACACCUUCCAGGAAAACAAAAAGCCAAGUCCCAGGAAAAAGCACUCGCUGGUAAAAAACACAGAGAGUAUUCUGAAGAUGACAGUGAGGUGACCAGGAAGAAAAAGAAAAAGAUUCAGAAGGAAGAGGAGGAAGUAACUGAGCCUGUAAACCUUACGGAUGAAGAUGGGGAAAUAUCUGAAGGUGAAAAGAUGACAUCAAUUAAAAGUAAUAGAAAGAACAAAAAAAAGAAAUCCAAACCAACAGAAGACCUUGCAGUGGAUAAUAUAGAUGGGGGACUUCAUGAAAAUAAUGAUGUGCACUGUGACAAUAAGGAUAAGAAAAGAAAUAAACAGAGAUCGCAGAACUGUGCCGAAGAGCCAAGAUUGAAAAAGAAAAAGAAAAAGGUCAUAGUAAAAACAGAAAAUGAGGCAACGGAAUGCAAGGAUGAUGUAACAGUGGUAAAGGAAAGGAAAGGAAACUGCGAUGAAAUAAAUAUAGACAAGGUUCGACGGCAAGCUCUGCAAGAAGAGAUUGAUAGAGAAUCUGGCAAAACGAAGGUUUUCAGAAACAAAGUGGAAUCUCAGGAUAUAAAGUUUGGCCAGUGGAGCACAGCUUCUUUUGAAAAUUCAGACCAAAAAACAAAAUUCCUUAAACUGAUGGGUGGUUUUAAAAAGGGUUCUGCCUCAAGCCAGGAUCCACCAGGAACCACAGAAAAACCAAACAUGGCUCUGAACAGGAAAGGUGAGGAAACCUUAAAGCAGACCCUGCAAAUGGAGUUUGAGAAAGCAGUAAACUUGAAGCAACAUAGAGGAAUUGGCCUUGGAUUCCAGCCUAUUGCCAACAAAAAAGUGUACAUAGAUAAAUAUGUUUCUAAAUCUAUUAAAUUUGAGGACUAAACUUUAUUGCAGCAACGUGAGGGGGAAUGAAAAACCAUUCAGACUUGCUUUCUACAGUUUUUUCUUGGGAUGAAACCAAGUUCAACACCCAGUUUGUCACUUAAGAGCACCAAGUGAUGAUGUGACUAGAAAUCUCAGUGCACAUGGAACUACGUUCUAACCACAGCUGAAUGACAAAUCCCAAUGUAUCUUGGAGGUCUGCCAGUAUGUUCUUUAGUAUUGGGGAGAAAAUCUCCUUCAGCAAAGGUUUGAGACUUGCAGCUGUAGCCUGUAGCUGUUUAAAUCUUGUAAAUAUUUAUUUAGACUCUUAGAAUGCAGAACGUAUAAAACCCUUUUUAAUACAUUUUAGUGACUCAAGGGCAACAUAAUGGUUCCUUUGCGGUUUUACAGUCCAUCAUGUAAAAUCCUCACAUACAUUUUUCUGCUGGUGUGGUGCCAAAUUAUGGCCUUUUGCACUGAAAGAAACAUUAUAGGUAAGUCUAGAAUUUGAUCAACAGGCUACUUUUUGUUUGCAAAUCUCAUGGUUUUUUUAAGUGGUCUCAAUAGCUUUUUCCUUUUAAAAAAUGCCACAAGCCAAAUCAUUUUUACUUCCCAAGCUCUCACAAGCAACAUUUUAUUUCAACAUCAAAAACCCAGUUAGUGACUAUCUAAGGUAGCUGUGCCGAUGAAUCUUGGUUAUAAUUUCUGUGCAUCAGUUAAGCAUGGCAAGACAUGGAUAGUAACUUUCAGUGAGUCACUGAGCUACGCUUAAUUUCUACUUCUUCCUUGCUAACUAACACUGUUCACUAUUUGUGUUAAUCUGUGUUGGUAGCUUUGCUUUAAGGGGCAAAUCCUGGUCCUAGUAAACUGGCAGAAUUCCCAGUGGCUAGUGUGGCCAAGACUGUUUCUCAGAACUGCACAACCCGCAUGAAGGUCAGUCAUAGACCUGCAUGAAUGAAAUUCCUGUUUCUUAAGCGUUGGAUUAACUCCUACAUGUAAUGUUGCACAGUCACAUUUUCACUGGCUGUGUACAAGAGAGCAUGAACUGUAGAAAUGCAAUUGUAUAUUUAUUCAAUCUAUGCAUACUUAGAACUCCAGAGAGCCUGAAUCAGUAAGGAUGUUGUUGUCGCCUUGAAACUCUGAAAAGCUGUGUGUAUGAACUGGUUUAAUACUCUCACUUAGUGUCCUGCCACUGGUUACUGUAAAGUGACUAUAAAAAUGGCAGCAUGGCCACUUCCUGGGUCCAGCAUUUCCACACCAUAUGGCUCAGUUUACAAGGUAAAAGGCAAAUUAUUUUCCCCACUUACUGUUUUGCAGAUGCUCAGUUGUUUCUCAUUGCUCUCUGACAGGCAGGAUGAUGUCCACCCAGGUUUUCCCAGUUGCUAGGCCUCCCUCCUCUGCUUCGCCAGCCAUUGCUCUGAAACAAGUGUUAGCCUGCUCUUCUGUACCCCCUUGAGAGGGCAAGUCUCUUGGCAAAGUCUGGUCUGUGUGUACAGAAAACCCCAGGAGUGAUCCAAUGGCUUUUUAGGUAACUCCUAUAAAGGGAGAUUAAAGCCACCAGAUGAGUAGGAAGCCCCCACUAAUCCAGUCCAGUACCUCACAAGGAAAAGGGGGCGUGGUGACCUCUCUUCCCUCACUGAAAUGUUGAAUCCUUUCCUCUGCAGGGGCUGAGGCUGCCUCAGGUCAAACUCCUCCCUUUGCUGUGUGGGUUACAGCCCUGGACUGCCUCAGGCAGAGCCUCCACCCCUCACAUUGGACUCUCCCCACUCCAGCCAAGUGGCUGGCUUGCCCGUCACAGCCCUGUGAUUGGCUUUAGCUCUUGCCUCGCUCUUUUCAGGCAGCAGAGAUUUCUCACUAAACAGAAACAUCAAGGUCUGUAGAAUGCUACUGCUAGACCCACAUUCCAACUUUAACCUUCUCUGGCCAAGACAUGAAGAGUGCCAGCUGUGCUGCUGGAGACACCUUCCUUUGUUUUGCUCUGAGCAAGGCAAGAGUCAAACUGGAGAAGCAGAGGAAGGAGUGGGAAAAAUCUUGGCUGGUGAUUUGGUCAGCAUAGGAGUGGAAGAGGGAAACCAACAUCUGCACUGUGAGCCACAGCAAGGUUAGCCUGGGAUCUGAAAGUCAAGCUGGCUUGACGCAGGUAGCACACCUCUACAACAAAGAUGCUGCAGGCUCUAUUACUGUUUAACCUGUGUCAUCAACUGAGGCCUUGCUCUCAGGCGUGUAACCAAGAGUAUCAACUGAGGAGUUUCACAGGUUGCUUUGCCAUUGGAACAUAAUGAUGAGUCCAGUUCACUCUCCUCUACUUGGGCUGGUUCUGCAGAGCAGCAGAAGCAGCACUGCUGAGCAUGGAGACCAUUUUUAGUCACUUUCAAUAGAGUCACACUAUGCACCUUCCUUUCUUGUUUACUGAGGCUUGUUUCAGCAAGGGGUGUGUGUAGAAUUAGUCCCCUCAGUGCUUUUCAGACUUGUAUAUUAAAUAAGACGGCAGGAUCUGAACAUUGAUAGCCUUGUUCUGUGAGGAGCCCUACUUUGGCCCCUGCGCUAGCUAUAUGUAACAUGCACAUUCCUGUGUCUUUCCUUUGCAUUUUGCAGCUGUAAUGUUUUAAGAUAUUUGUAUAUAUUUAUAAUGAAAACAUUUUAUUCUUUGUACCUAAACUUCAUUUUACUGUAGCUUUGAAAUUAAGCAAUGGUUUUUAAUGAGACUGGGUGUGUUCAUUUAUUUCCCAAUUUAGAUCUUUGUACUUAGCAAAGGCACCUUGUCUGUCACUGUACAGCUACAUGGGUGUGGAAGAACACAAGUAAAAAAACAGAACAAUAUGGUGAAAAUCUUAUAUGGCCAGUAUAGUUCAAUGUACAACUGGAUGUACUAAUGCCAUUAUUUUACCAUGCUUGUGUAUUUGACCUAAUUCCUUACAGGCAAAUUACAACCUGGUGACAGGGUUAGAAUAACUGUAUGACAAGCUGAGACACCAUCCUCACUUCAUAAAUGUUAUGUAGUGUUCCUACAACUUUUUCUUUCCCCCUCUAUGUAGCCUGCACAGGGUCCUACUUCAAUUCACUUAGCCACAACCUGAUCACUAGAUAUAUUUCUUGGGUUUUCGCUCAUUAACAUCUAAGAGAAAAUCAGGGCAAGAGCAAGGAAAGAAUAAUAAUUUUUGGUGCACUGCAUUGCUAGCAUCGGGGUAUAUAAUGGCAGGGUUUGUGGACCUGGCUUAAAUCAACUGCCAAACUAAGUAACCCUGAAAAUGUGUAAAUGCUAUGGACAAUUUAAAAGCUAUUGGUUAAGAAAAAUUGAGGCUCAGAGGCCUCAGACUUCUGUUUGAUUAUAAAAUAGGUUGCAGAGCUGUUCAGUA